AUGUUGGCUCGGGCUCCCUCAGGCCCGGCCGCGCUCUCCCCGCCCUCGCGCCCCCCGGUGGUCGCGGCCGGGCGGUGCCACAGGCUUUGCUGCCGCCUGGCGGGGGCGCCACAGCGGGACCCGGGCAGCGACGGGCACCGGCAGUGCCACCGGCAGUGCCACCGACUGUCACCGGCAGUGCCACCGGCAAUGCCACCGGCAGUGCCACCGACUGUCACCGGCAGUGCCACCGGCAGUGCCACCGGCAGUGCCACCGACUGUCACCGGCAGUGCCACCAGCAGUGCCACCGACAGUGUCCUGUCACCCGCCACAGCAGGACCCGGGCAGCGACGGGCACCGGCAGUGCCACCGACUGUCACCGGCAGUGUCACCGGCAGUGCCACCGGCAGUGUCCUACCCUCCCUGUCCCCCACCUUGGGGGCGAUCGCUGGGACCCCGGGGGGAGCUCAGGCCUGUUCCGAGCCCUCGGAGCCUCCCCCGGCCCCCCCCGGGCCCGUGGGCGGCCGUGGCCGGCGCACCCAGCGCGGGGGCUGCGCUAUUUCGGGGCCUCCGACCGCAAGGGAAACAUCCGGGGGCCGGAGAGAGCGGGCGGGGCCGGGCCGGGGGGGACACGGGGGGACACCGCGCCAGGCUGCCGAGUGCCAUGGCCACGAGCUCCCGCUGACAUCGCCCCCACGCCUCGGGGUGCCCCCACCGCAGCCAUGGGUGACUCCUACGCCGCCGCCUUCCCCAGCGCCCCGGGGCUGCUGUCACCGUCCGCCAGCCCCCAGGCCUCCCCCGGCCCCUACGGCCCCGACUACGGCCCCUUCGGCCACCCCUUCCCAGCUCCCUCCGGCGCCCAGGAGGUGCUAGGGGCCCCCGUGGUGGUGGCGGCCAAGGGCCACUCCCCGGGCGAGUGCCUGCCGGGGGUGUACCCCUCGCUGGAGAUGCCGCACCCCUACGGCUCCUGGUACAAGGGUGGCAUCGGUGGGGGGCUGCCGGGGGGCUCCGGGCCCGCGGCCCCGUCCUGGUGGGAUGUGCACCCCAACGGGGGCUGGCUCGGGGGCCCGGCGGGCGCCGAGGGGCUGCAGGGCUCGCUGCAGGGCCAGCCCACCCUCAGCCCCCCUCUGCCCAGCUACAGCUCCGAUUUCGGCGCUCUGAACCCCCCUCCUUACAGCAACGCCCCCGCGGCGCCCCCCGCCCCUAAACCCACGCCGGGCGAGACCCCGAAGGGUCCCCGCGGCGGCUCCUUGGGGGGACGCCCGGCGUGCGAUUGUCCCAACUGCCAGGAGCUGGAGCGGCUCGGCGGCCCGGGGGGGUCGCGGCGGAAGCCGGUGCACAGCUGCCACAUCCCGGGCUGCGGAAAGGUGUACGGCAAAGCCUCGCACCUGAAGGCGCACCUGCGCUGGCACACGGGGGAGAGACCCUUCGUGUGCAACUGGCUCUUCUGCGGGAAACGCUUCACCCGCUCCGACGAGCUGGAGCGCCACGUCCGGACCCACACGCGCGAGAAGAAGUUCACCUGCCUGCUGUGCAGCAAGCGCUUCACCCGCAGCGACCACCUCAGCAAGCACCAGAAGACCCACGCCGACCCCGGCCCCCCCAAGCCGCCCCCCGGCGCCGAGCAGCCCCCCGCGUCCCCCCGGCCGCCGCCCGCCUCGCCCGGCAAGGACGGCGGCAGUCCCGAAGCCGGGAGUUUGUUGGAGAUUUGA